AUGAAGUUCUCGCGGGUCCCCGACAGCAGCUCUAGAAGUGGUGUCAAGCGGUUCAUGAGCCAUACGCCGGCCUGGAGACCCGCGGGAGAAUUGCCCUGGGCGAAACUCAACCCAGAGGCAUUCAAGAAGGGCAACAUGACGGACUUUCCGCCCGCGGCGUAUGGAGGGCAUGUCUAUGCCCAAGCACCCUACGUUGCGGCGAAGGCGGUGCAGGAGGAGGAUAAAUCUGGCAGUGGAGCAGGCAAACUGGGCAUCCAUUCUAUCCAAGGAGUCUUCACAAAGCCCGGAGCCAUGGACCGCCCGUUUGUGUAUGACGUGACAGAUGUCCACUCAAGUCGCACAUUCGCAACCAAGUUUGUCCAGGCGCGGCAGCCUCUGGAGGCAUCAAGCCAGCCUACAGGUCCCUACCCGCUGUCUGACGCCGAUCGGCCGCUGGGAGACGUCCGAUUUGCCUGCCUCACAACAUUCAAGCGUCCGAUGGCGUCUCCCGCAGAGAAGCAGAUGACGUCUGCGCAGGAACGAUAUGCCGAUAUCCUCUCGCAGCGCGCGCCAGACGAGUGGGAAGCCAGUCCCCAGCUGGACGUCGAGGCCGUCACGGAUCUGUUUCCCAACGCUGGCCAUGGCGGGUUUCCGAUGCUGGACAUGUACAAGGUCGACAUGACGGCCUACAACGCCGACAAGGACGUCCCGGAGCGGCGGCAGCUCAUCCUGUAUCGGCCACACAAGCCCAUUGCCCAAGACGACCCCGACGCGCACAUCGUGGCGCAUGCGUUUGAGGCAGACCGCAACGGACUCAUCAUGCUGACCAACCAUCUUGGCUGGGGCUACACGCUCGGAUCCGCGGCGAGUCUGUCGUAUGCCUUUUACGUGCACGUAAACGCGCAAGAGGCCGUGAUGAAGGGCGAUGGGUGGUGGAUUCAGGAGGUGUGCUGGCCGAGGACCUGUGCGGGCAGGGGGGUGUUGGAGAGCAGGAUAUGGAGUCCGGAGGGGAAGCAUGUGGCGAGCGGGUACCAGGACGGGAUGGCGCUGCCGACGAAGAAGGGGCUUGAAUGGAAGAAGAAGGCUGAGGCGAAGCUGUGA